CUUCAGGGCCGCGCCGCCCCGCGCCCGGGGCAUCGGCCGGCCAUGGCCCUGCUCAGCGUGCCGGUGGCCCGUGGCCGCCCCGAUGCGGCGGCCCGCGCCGCGGCCAGCGCCGGCUCCGCAGCGGACUGGCGGCGAGCUCGCCCCCGCGCCGAGCGCGGGCUGCGGGCGCCGCUGGCGCGGCUAGCUCCCCUGGCCGGGCUCGCGCUGCAGGCGCGGCGCGGCAGGAGCGGCAGGAGGGCCAAGUACAACAGGCAGGAGGCCGAGCAGUACGGCAGGCAGGAG